AUUGUUUUUCGUUUUAUUUUUAUUAUAACUUUAACGUGUUUCUUGAUUGCUUUCAAACACUUCAAUGUCAUUUAUUGGAUGUUCCCUGAACCAGGUGUGUUAGCCUCAUCUACCUAUCUUACUUUCUCGUGAACUUGUCUUGUUUUUCUUUAUUUGCAGCCUAUUCAUUUCUCUGUUUCGCCUAAAGAAAGAGAAUAAAGAAACAAUAUGGAGAGGCCAAGAGCCCCUCCUUCUAUCUUUAAGGAUUUAGAGCCAUUAAGUGAACGCAGAUCCCUCGAGGUGUUCAACCCCUCGAGUGGUAAAGAGGUAAACGGAUCAGCUUCAGCUUCUUCUUCCUCAUCGUCAUCCAAGCCUUACGAUGGAAACGGAAAAGGAAGCAGCAGCAGCAGCAAGUGGAUGGAGUUUCAAGAUACUGCAAAGUUAGCGGAGAGAACUGCUGAGUGGGGGUUAUCAGCUGUUAAGCCUGACUCAGGAGAAGAUGGCAUUAGUUUCAAGGUCUCCAGUGAAGUGGACCGAAGCAAGACGUCUAGGAGGUCAUCUGAAGAAUCAUCAUCUUCUGAAUCUGGGGUCUUCCCUAGAGUCUCACAGGAGCUCAAAACCGCUCUUUCCACCUUGCAGCAGACUUUUGUUGUCUCUGAUGCCACACAGCCACACUGUCCCAUUGUCUAUGCAAGCAGUGGCUUCUUCACCAUGACUGGUUAUUCUUCCAAGGAGAUUGUUGGAAGAAACUGCCGGUUUCUGCAAGGGCCUGACACAGACCAGAAAGAAGUUGCCAAAAUCAGAGACUGUGUCAAGAAUGGAAAAAGUUACUGUGGGAGGCUCUUGAACUACAAAAAGGAUGGAACUCCCUUCUGGAAUCUUCUCACAAUCACUCCUAUUAAGGAUGACCAAGGCAACACCAUCAAGUUCAUUGGGAUGCAGGUUGAAGUAAGCAAAUACACAGAAGGCGUAAACGAUAAAGCAUUGAGGCCUAAUGGACUCUCCAAAUCCCUGAUCCGAUAUGAUGCUCGCCAGAAGGAGAAAGCUUUGGAUUCCAUCACAGAGGUCGUGCAAACAGUAAGACAUCGCAAGUCUCAAGUGCGAGAAUCCGUGAGCAAUGAUGUAAUGGUGACGCCUGGUAGUACUACUACUACCACACCUGUUAGACAAGCUAUACAACCAGAUGAGGCUUCAAAGUCAGCCAAAACACCUGGACGUGUUUCUACUCAAUCGAAGUCAAAGAGCAAAUCACUUGAUGUUCCUAGUGUGGAACUGGAACCUGAAGAACUGAUGUUGAGCACAGAAGUAAUAGAGCCGAGGGACAGUUGGGACCGUUUAGAAAGAGAAAGGGAUAUUCGCCAAGGGAUUGAUCUGGCUACCACUCUUGAGCGCAUAGAGAAGAAUUUCGUCAUCAGUGAUCCUCGUCUCCCUGAUACUCCCAUUAUAUUUGCAUCAGACAGCUUUCUUGAGUUGACAGAGUAUACACGUGAAGAAAUAUUGGGGAGAAACUGUCGGUUUCUUCAGGGGCCAGAGACAGAUCAAGCGACUGUUCAGAAGAUAAGAGACGCAAUUAGAGAGCAGAGGGAGAUAACUGUACAAUUGAUAAACUACACGAAGAGCGGAAAAAAAUUCUGGAACUUAUUCCACUUGCAGCCUAUGCGUGAUCAGAAGGGAGAGCUUCAAUACUUCAUCGGUGUGCAGCUUGAUGGAAGUGAUCAUGUGGAACCUCUCCGAAAUCGUUUAUCUGAGAGAACAGAGAUGCAGAGUUCUAAACUGGUGAAAGCUACAGCAACAAAUGUAGAUGAAGCUGUCAGAGAACUUCCAGAUGCUAAUAUGCGGCCUGAAGACCUGUGGGCUGUACACUCAAAGCCUGUCUAUCCUCUGCCUCAUAAAAAGGAGAGUACGUCCUGGAAAGCAAUACAAAAGAUCCAAGCGAGUGGAGAAACAGUGGGACUUCAUCAUUUCAAGCCAAUAAAACCGUUGGGCUCUGGUGAUACUGGCAGUGUCCAUUUGGUUGAACUGAAAGGCACAGGUGAGUUGUAUGCCAUGAAGGCAAUGGAGAAAACCAUGAUGCUGAAUCGUAACAAGGUUCACCGAGCAUGUAUCGAAAGAGAAAUCAUUUCUCUUCUGGAUCAUCCUUUCCUUCCCACUCUCUACGCUUCCUUUCAGACAUCUACGCAUGUUUGUUUGAUUACAGACUUCUGCCCCGGUGGAGAGUUGUUUGCACUGCUUGACAGACAACCGAUGAAAUUUUUGUCGGAGGAUUCAGCAAGGUUCUAUGCGGCAGAGGUCGUUAUCGGCUUAGAAUAUCUUCACUGCUUAGGGAUAGUAUACCGAGACCUGAAGCCUGAGAAUAUACUGCUCAUGAAGGAUGGACACAUUGUAUUAGCAGACUUUGAUCUAUCAUUCAUGACGGCCUGCACACCUCAGCUUAUUAUUCCACCAACACCUAGCAAACGAAGGAGAUCAUCCAAGAGUCAACCAUUACCGACGUUUGUUGCAGAACCAAACGCCCAGUCAAACUCGUUUGUAGGGACUGAAGAAUACAUUGCUCCUGAGAUAAUCACGGGCUCUGGUCAUACGAGUGCUAUUGAUUGGUGGGCACUAGGUAUCUUGUUGUAUGAGAUGCUUUAUGGUCGCACACCUUUCAGGGGUAAGAACAGGCAGAAGACAUUUGCCAACAUCUUGCACAAAGAUCUCACCUUCCCCAGCAGUAUCCCUGUAAGUCUUGUAGGUAGACAGUUGAUCAACAUGUUGCUAAAUAGAGAUCCGAGCAGCCGGUUAGGAUCAAAAGGUGGGGCCAAUGAGAUAAAACAGCAUGCUUUCUUCCGUGGCAUCAAUUGGCCUCUCAUACGAGGCAUGAGACCUCCGCCGUUAGAAACACCGUUGCAUAUAACAGAGAAAGAUCCCAAUGCGAAAGAUAUAAAGUGGGAAGAUGAUGGGGUGCUUGUGAAUUCUAUUGACGACAUUGAUCUCUUCUAAAAGAAAAAAAAAACCCUUCUCUUCCCUUUCUUCUGCCUUUGAGACUCAUUUUAGUGCGCAAGACUCUUCUUCUCAAUAAAGCAAAAUCUGUUGUAUUCUAGUUGCUUUACAUAUUAUUAUGUAAUUAUACAUCAGACAUAAAAGGUGUUGUUGUAUUCUAGUUGCUUACAUAUUAAACACACAAUUUUCCAUUUC